AUGUAUACCAAGUUCAUCAUCGCCGCUCUCGUAGCAAGCCCUCUCGUUGCCGCUCAUGGCAAGAUUGCGGUCAUGACAGGUGACGCAGGUGGAAACACCACUGGCCUCGGUAUCCAAGGCGGUGUUGUUCCAGGGCCAGGAUCCAACAAGGAGACUGAGGUCGACACCACAGUCUUCCAGUCCAAGCAAGCCGCCACUGAUGGUCUUGGAAAGACCAAGGCUGGACCAAACACCAUGGCAGACAUGACCGCUGUCAUGGCCGCAUCCGGCUCUACCCUCCCUCAAGUUUCCCCAGGUGGAUCUCUUGCUGGCACUGUUCACAUCGUCACCACCGAUGGAGCGGGCCCAUACACGGCAAUAGUUGAUCCUACCGGGACCGGUGCUUUCUCUCAAGGCACGCAGUGCGAUAUCACCACGCAAGUGCCGGGCACCAAUGGGAACAUUGCUGCACCUAAGCAGCGCCGCUUUCUUCCUCGCAUGCUGGUCAAAAUGGGCAUUGUCAAGCGUGCCUCCAAUGUCAACGAGGACUACCCCAUCGCCAUUAGUAUGCCCGCCGAUAUGGCAUGCACUGGUACCGUCGGUGGUCAAUCUGGCGUCUGCCUCGUCAAGAUUGCUAACCCGUCUGGCGCUGGACCAUUCGGUGGAGUUGUUGCAAUGCAAGUGGCUGGUGCUGCGUCAGGAAAUUCUACCGCCGCCGCUCCCGCUAAAGCUUCUGUCGCCGCACCACAAGCUUCCACUGGCUCAGCUUCCAACGCUGCUGGUGCCAAAGCUGGAGGUGCUAAAGCUGCUGGUGCUGGUGCCAAUGCUGCAGGUGCUAAAGCUGGCAAAUCAAGCAAGAACAACCGUGCUGUUGUGGGCGCCAAGUUCCGUGCUUAG